CUACGUUUUUAUUUUUGUUUUCCUCUGUGGUUGGAAUGGAGGGGUUGGGUCUGUGCCUAAGAAGAAGCAACCGAACGUCGGUCCUGGGAGAAACCCGAAUGGAUCUGGGCUCCCCUGCCAGCUAACUCUCCAGGACCUGCAGCCCCACAGCCGGGGUGGGGGGGGGCUGGAUGCAGUGAGAGAGCCUCUCACGGGAUCUGCGUGGUGACGUGGCAGCCAAGACGUGGAAGCUUGGGACUUCUCUUCCACCGCAGCAGAAUCUGGGGGGUGGGCAGGGGUGGGUCAGGGGGACACUGGCAGUUGCUAGAGCCUUCACCUUCACUGUGGGCUUGGCUCAGGGAUGACUACGGGCAGAGUCAACCCUUACAGCAUCGUGUCUUCUGAAGAAGACGGGCUGAGGUUGACCACCAUGCCAGGCAUCAACGGCUUUGGCAACGGGAAAAUCCACACCAGGAGGAAAUGCAGGAACAGGUUUGUGAAGAAGAACGGGCAGUGCAACGUGGAGUUCACCAACAUGGACGACAAGCCGCAGAGGUACAUCGCAGACAUGUUCACCACCUGCGUCGACAUCCGCUGGAGGUACAUGCUCCUGCUCUUCUCCCUGGCCUUCCUGGUGUCCUGGUUGUUGUUUGGGCUGAUUUUCUGGCUAAUUGCACUCAUCCACGGGGACCUAGAAAACCCGGGGGGAGAUGAUACCUUCAAGCCUUGCGUCCUGCAGGUCAACGGCUUUGUGGCUGCUUUCCUGUUCUCCAUCGAGACCCAAACGACUAUUGGCUACGGCUUCCGCUGCGUGACGGAGGAGUGCCCGCUCGCCGUCUUCAUGGUGGUGGUGCAGUCCAUCGUGGGCUGCAUCAUCGACUCUUUCAUGAUUGGUGCAAUAAUGGCAAAGAUGGCCAGGCCCAAAAAAAGGGCCCAGACAUUACUGUUCAGCCACAACGCGGUAGUGGCAAUGAGGGAUGGGAAACUCUGCCUGAUGUGGAGGGUCGGCAACCUCCGGAAAAGCCACAUCGUGGAAGCCCACGUCCGGGCUCAGCUGAUCAAGCCCAGGAUCACGGAGGAGGGGGAGUACAUCCCGCUCGACCAAAUAGACAUCGACGUGGGCUUCGACAAAGGCUUGGACCGGAUCUUCUUGGUGUCCCCCAUCACCAUCCUCCACGAGAUCAACGAAGACAGCCCCUUGUUCGGGAUCAGCCGCCAGGACCUGGAGACGGACGACUUUGAGAUCGUGGUCAUCUUGGAAGGCAUGGUGGAGGCCACCGCCAUGACGACGCAAGCGCGGAGCUCCUACCUGGCCAGCGAGAUCCUCUGGGGCCACCGCUUUGAGCCCGUCUUGUUCGAGGAGAAAAACCAGUACAAAGUAGACUAUUCCCACUUCCACAAAACCUACGAGGUCCCGUCCACCCCUCGUUGCAGCGCCAAGGACCUGGUGGAGAACAAAUUCCUCCUGCCCAGCACCAACUCCUUCUGCUACGAGAACGAGCUGGCCUUCAUGAGCCGCGACGAGGAAGAGGAAGACGACGACAGUCGGGGUUUGGAGGACCUGAGCCCGGACAACAGGCACGAGUUCGACAGGCUUCAAGCCACGAUAGCGCUGGAUCAGCGCUCGUACAGGAGGGAGUCAGAGAUAUGACUCUUGGCCCUUCCGCUGACUUUUCCGAGGGUAUUUUUUCUUUCCUCCUCUUAAUCUCUUCCCCUACAACCCGCUCAAAUUAUGCAGAACAAUGCAAGUGCCAUAGGAAUGCUUGAGAAAUUAGAGUUGUUCAUAGUUUUCCGUUUCAUUGCAAUAACCACUGAGCGGUCUGCAGGAGGGGACGGCGGCGGAGGCCACGGCGGCGGCUCCCGCGCCCGCCGCCCGCGGCGGGGCUGGCGGCCCGGGGGGUACGGGCGGAUGGUCGGGUGGACGGACGGACAGAUGGAGAGAGGAGGGUCCGUGGGGUGAGGGCAGGCGCUCGCCCCAAGUGGCUUCACGGGGCUUUGCUCUCCCCGUGGGCCAAAUGCCAGGGUUUUAAGAGCACUGGGAGAGCCAAAAAGAGGAACUAUCAGGAAACAAAUUGUCCUUCCUUUUCCUUCCUUCCUUUUCCUUCCUUCCUUUUCCUUCCUUCCUUCCUUUUCCUUCCUUCCUUUUCCUUCCUUCCUUUUCCUUCCUUCCUUCCUUUUCCUUCCUUCCUUUUCCUUCCUUCCUUUUCCUUCCUUCCUUUUCCUUCCUUCCUUUUCCUUCCUUCCUUUUCCUUCC